AUCCCAGUGCAGGCAACAUUCGCGCGACAUCCGACGGGCGAGAACUUCAGAAAGAACUUAUUGAUUCGGGGGAAAUACGUUUCGACUGUCACGGUUUUCUUCCAAUAAUUUUGCACGAUGCUUUUUCGGUGUUCCUCGUGCCAUUCGUCGACGACCAGUAAUACGCCAACUUAAGAGUUCCGUUUCUUCCUCGUGGUAGAACUUAUAUCAUUGUAUUUGCAUAGUUGCGCACACCUGAAGGCAUAUUCAGUAGAAAAGGCUAUUUCGUAUUUGUAAACACCGAACGGAGACCAAAAUGACUGGUGGAACUACCACUGAAAAGUCUGCUAAUAACCCUUUAGAGCAGUUUGUGUUGCUUGCGAAAACUGCGAAAGGGGCAGCUGCUAUAGAACUGAUAAAGCAAGCUGUAGAAACACCAGGUGUCCAUGUCUUCGGGGAAUUAUUAGAUAUGCCCAAUAUCAAAGAGCUAGAGAGCGGUCCAUAUGUUCAAUAUUGGAAUACUUUGAAUUUAUUUGCUUAUGGUACCUACAAAGAAUAUUUGGAGAACAAAGAUAAAGUUUUGGAAUUAACGCCCACGCAAAAGAAGAAACUGCAGCAUUUAACAAUUGUAACUCUUGCUACAAAGUCCAGGUGUAUACCAUAUUCUGUACUUCUGGAGGAGCUAGAUAUAAAGAAUGUUAGAGAUUUAGAGGAUUUAAUAAUUGAAGCCAUUUAUGCUGACAUCAUACACGGCAAACUAGAUCAAAAGAAUUCACAGUUAGAGGUAGAUUAUGCUGGUUUAGGAAGAGAUGUUAGACCAGCUGAUACAGGAGUGGUAGCUGAAACAUUGGCUGCUUGGGGUGAAGCUUGUGAUACAGUGUUAGCGUGUAUUGAAGACCAAGUUACCAGGGCCAAUCUUGAAAAACAGAAAGCCACUACUCACAAGGAAAGAAUACAAAGAGACAUCGCAGACAUAAAGAAAUCCUUAGCUGCACAAGCUGGAGGAGGCGGUGUGCAGGAAGCUGAUAUGGCUGGAGGUAGUUCAGGAGCAGGAGGAAAUGAAUCCGGUAGAGAAGCUUUAUCAGUUCCACCAGACCUAAAGAAGAAACAACUAAAGAUCAAAGGUAUGAAAAGCAGUGGAUCCACUAAUCCGGUAAGGCACCUCGACGACGAUCCGAUCUUGAAAUGAGAGGUCGGUCUUAGAUGAAAUCUUGUGGGCAUAUCACCAACUCGGUCGGAUUGUUCUGUCUCUGUUCCUGAGUGUGGUACCGGCGUGCGGCAGCAUCGUAUCCUCUGUAUAUUUUGUACUUUUUUGAGAAAUAAAAUGCAUCCCGAAACAUGUCUGACGCUUAUUAUACAAGGUGCACUUCGUUGCGCGUGAACGAGGUAUGAAAAUAAAAUGAUCUACGGCAGGGUACACUUUUCUUCUAUUCAAUAGUAUUACCGAGCAACCAGACUGAUUAAUUGAUACGUUAAUUAAGGAGUCGAAAUCACUGUAUUUGCUGCAAUAUAUUCUGAUAACGAGUAAUGACACUCAUUACAGUAUCCUUUCCCUAUGAUCACGUUAAUAGAAACUAAGCCAAUCGUGCGAUUGGCAAGACGUGUUCACUGCUCUCUAUAAUCGCGUAACGUGACUGUAACGAGGGAAUACUGUAUAUAUUGUAUAUUAAUGUAAUUUUAUGAAACAUACACCAGCGUUCACAUGUUUGGAGAAUUUUUCAAUGUUUAACCCUUUGCCUUAUGAUUUCUCUUUUAACCGUGAUCGAUGGAACCACUUUGUCACCGAUGAUUUAUUGAAUGAAUCAGACAAUUCUGGGCACAUUCUAUACGUACGUUCAUCAUAAAGUAUAAUAAUAAUUGAUAAGAGUAAUAUUUAAUUUGAAUCUGAAAAGACUCGAGUAAUAUCUGUUUCCUCAAUUCUGUUUGAAAUCAUCACCACGAGUCUCGAUGUUACGGGGCAAGGGGUUAAUGAACUUUCGACCUGAAAAGUAUUCGCAAUUCGAUCAUCGAUUGCAAUCGUUUAUGCAGAGUCACAGUAUUCGUUGAAGUCCUAGAAGCUAGAUUUUAUUAUAUUCCAUCGUUGUCUGUGUCUUAUUGUUUCGCAACUGUGUGAAUAUGAAAUUUCUCUUUCGCGUGUGUCGUUUAAACAACGAAUGAUUGUACAUUUAUAGCGUAUACCAUGUAUAGCGAAGUGUUCAAUAAAAUCUAACGAGG